AAUCCCAUUGCCAUCCUCUGCCUCCACAGAUUCCCUCCAAAAAACCUACCUGUCAUCAAAUCUCUCUCAACAAAUCCUCCUCGUUCUCCGUUGGUUCAGAAAUUAAUCUGCCAUAGCCAAAACCUUGUUGAAAAAGAAUGAACGGGAGCAGCUCCUACGAAACAUCUUGGGCUGAUCAAUGGGACAACGGCCCUGAUCCUGUUUACGAUUACCAGAACAGGAAGAGCAGCAACAACACCAGUUCCGCAGCCAAAUACAAGCAGAAGGUUGGAGAAGGACUUGGAAAAACCAAAGCUGUUGCUUCAACUGGUAUGAAGAAGGUCAAAGAAGGUACCAUCACCGGAUUCCAUUGGAUCAAAGACAAGUAUCAUAAGACUACCCACAAACGUUAAAUGGAUUCAUUCUCUUCUCCUCCCAAUUCUUUUGUUUAUAAUCAUACAAUAAUAUGAUAUGAGAUUUUCUUUUAUGGUUUGUUGAUUGGUAGAUUUAUUGUAAUUAGAAUAGAUUUGAUUAGUAUUGUAUGUCACUGGUUUUGAUUUUUAUUUUGCAUCUGUGAGUUUGGACUUUCUGUGGAUUUAAUAACGUUUCAUAAUGUGUAUAUUUUAAAUUGAUGAUUAUUGAAUUUGUCCCUUCGU